AUGUACGUCGAAUCUUUGAUCCUGUCUGAGCGUAGAAUCACUAAAUCCAAGCUUGGGUUUCCAGCUGUCCUCGACGGAAUGCCCAAGCUACGAGUUCUUCACUCACCAGCUAUAUAUCCAAGAUAUGGCUUUGGAUGGAUUGUAAAUAAGACCGCGCUCAUGCGCCACUCCGAGGAGGCGACUGGUCAGCCUUGCCGAGACUACCUCGCCUAUGGCUUGCGACUCUUGAUGGAAGCUGGCUUCGAACGAGGUACAUACGACUUCAUGCACAUCUGUCCGCAUGGCAAGGUAGCGACGUUGUGGUACAUUGCCACAAACGAGUCGCCAGAGAAGCGUGAUCUUGCCUCUAACAAGGAGUAUGUGGAGAGGGCGAAGGCGGCUCUGGGGCAGACUGAACAGGGAAAAUGGUACCACAUAGAUCUUUUCUAGCCAAACAGGACCAAUGCCGUACAAACAGUAUUCAGGAUAGCGCUGCUUUGGUC